UCAGUGUCAAGUGUCUGUCAUUGUAGUAGCAAAAUAUACAAAUAAAAUAUUGUUUGUUGAUUUUCGUUUUAAGUAUCACAGUUUAAAGAAAGGUAAAUGAACUAUUGCAACAUUAAUUUAUGAAUAAAGAUAUGAUAAGAUAGAACAAAAUGGUUGGUUCGCUGAUGCUUUGGAAGUUAAUGCACUGUAAACGUUUCAAGAAGAGAUCUCCGAAGAACAAUAAAAAAGAAAAGAAUUUGGGUCUUCCUGUGCCCUCUACAGAUCCUUUAAUUACUACGAAAAUAGAAGUAACCUUAGUGAACAAGAUAUGUAGAGUUUGUCUUAAAAAUGGCGAGAUUCCAAUAUAUGACGAUAAUCGUACUGAAAAUAUUUCUGAGGCAUUAAUUAACUUCGGCGGUAUUGAAAUAACGCCUGACGAUGAAUAUCCAAAAUUUCUAUGUGAAUCGUGCUAUGCACUUUUACGAGGCGCUAUAUUAUUUAGAAAAACCGCGCAAGAUUCCGAUCAAAUACUACGAUGUCCACAAAAAGAAUCUGAUAAUGAAAGCAUAAAUAUUACAGACACGUCUAUUGACUACAAUAUAAAGGAGAGAGACCGAAAAAAGUAUAUUUGUAAGAAAUGCGAUAUUGAUUUUGAUACAUUUUCAGAGUACAGUGAGCAUAGAUUAUCACAAGAACAUGAAAAUUUAAAGCAUACAUGUCCGAUAUGCAAGAAUUCCUACAGUUCAGUAUACUUUAAAAAACACAUGGCUAUACAUACAUUAGAAGCAUCACAUGUGUGUGAUAUUUGUGGUAAAAAGUUCACUGUAAAAGGACUGUUUACUCGUCAUAGACAGACACAUUUCAACAACUUUCCUUUCAGUUGUUCCUUAUGUCCAUAUAAAGGUAGAUUUAAAGAAUCAUUAAAAAUGCAUAUGAGAUCUCACACAGGUGAAAGAAAUUACCAAUGUACUCAUUGUCCUAGUAAAUUUGUUCAUAAAAGCAAUUUAAAUAAACAUAUGUUAAUGCAUAAAGAUGGUUUUGAUUUCAAAUGUGAGACAUGUGGUAGGGGAUUUUAUAACAAAAGAUCUCUCGAACAACAUAUAAAAGUUGACCAUAAUGGUGUAAAAGAUCAUAUUUGCAACAUUUGUGGUAAAGCAUUUGGAUACAGAAAGCAAAUGAUGAAACAUCAAUUGAGAGUUCAUAAAAGAGAGAAGUUUAAAAGUGGUAGAAUGCCGUUAUAUCUCCAAUUACAAAAUAAAGAGGAAAAUACAAAAGACAUAAAAUGACCUAUACUAUAAUAUUGUAAGGACAUUUGAAAAUAAUUAUAAGAAGAUUCAAGGGGCCAGCAACGGCAAAGUUUAGUAGUAAUAACUUGAAAAUAUAGUUUAUAACAGAUUGCAAUUUUUUUGACUUCAGAACCCAUCAAAGAAGCAGUUUAAAAUGAACCCAAGAA